AUGGUAGCGGACGCCAAAUAUACGAGCAAGAGUGCUCUAGUAGCGAUUCUUGCGACUUCGGUGUAUGGAGUGGACGCAGCUUGUAGAUGUCUACCUGGUGAUCCUUGCUGGCCUACUGAUACAGCUUGGGCGUCUUUGAACAGCACCGUCUCCGGAAAGCUAAUCAAAAACGUCCCAGUCGCGGCUCCGUGCUAUCCUGGCCCCCAUCACGACGCCGCGGCUUGUGCUGUCAUUGAGACGAACUGGUCAGAUUCGGUAUUUCAAUCACAAUAUCCCACCGGCUAUGAUUUCCCACAUGAAUGGACUUGUAACCUUCCGGGGCGAAACUCUUCGACGUGCUCUCUGGGAGAUUACCCUGUGUACAGCAUCAAUGCUACUACGCCCGCCGCCAUCAGCGCAGGGCUGAAGUUCGCAGCCCAAUAUAAUCUUCGGGUUACGGUCAAGCAGAGUGGGCACGACUUCUUGGGCCGCUCCGCUGGAACCGGAAGUCUUGAGAUCUGGACUCGGUACCUUAGAGAUGAUCCUCUUCAAUCGCCGUUAGUAUUUGCUAAAGCUUAUACCCCGGCGGAAUCAUGUGCCGCUGUCCAGGAAGGCGGCGCCGCAUACUGGGGCGGUAGCGCAGUGCGUAUUGGCGGUGCUUUCACAUGGGACGACGUCUAUCCAGUCGCCCAUGAAAACGGCGUUGUGGUCGUGGGUGGAACUUGCAACUCUGUUGGGAUCAUUGGUGGCUAUCUCCAAGGCGGCGGACACGGAGCAGCCAUGCAUGAGUACGGCCUUGGGACAGACCAGGUGCUCGAGUACAACGUCAUUCUGGCGAACGGGUCCACAGUAUUGGCCAGUCCGUGUUCUCACCCAGACCUAUUUCAAGCUCUGCGCGGAGGAGGGCCUGGCACGUACGGGGUUGUCACCAGCGCAACUGUUCGCACAUAUCCAGACACACCAAUGACUGGUAUUGUGCUGCUUAUCACGCCACAAGAGGGGAACGAUGACUUGGACACGUACCUUGAUGCUGUCACCACGUGGUAUCAGCAAACACCGCAUCUCUUGGAUGGUGGCGUGCAGGGAUAUGCCGCGUGGGUGGCAUGGGAUGGACAGUCGUCUCUAGCACCACCCUCUCGGAUGCUCGAAAUGAUUACGGGCGUCUUCAACCAAACUAUCGAGCAAGUGCAGAGCACUAUGGAACCAGUGAUGGCUCAACUCUUGCCGUUCAACUCCCGGGGACUUAAUGUCUCCAUCCAAUAUCUCUCUUUCCCGGACUACUUCAGCUAUACAGCGGUUUUGCAGCAUAACUCAAUGGAGGUCGGAGGGGGCAUCAUCAUGUCGUCUCGGUUCUACGAGGCAAAACAUCUCGCCAAUGCGACGUCUGUACGGCAAAUGGUGAUGACCACAGCUGGCCUGCCGGGCCAGAACACAUCGGUCAUCGUUGACAUUACCGGGGGUGGCGCCGUCAAGAAUGACUGGCCGCUCACGGGUGUCAAUCCUGCCUACCGCCGAGCGCUGCUGACGAACAUUGUGGGACGCAACUGGGACAGCAGGACGCCAUAUGCAGAUAUAGCCGAAGCCCGGGAGGACGUCACUCGUAACAAAGGCAGGGCGCAAGAGGAUCUUGCUCCUGAUACCGGCUCAUACAUGAAUGAAGGCAAUUACCUUGAUCCUAAUUACCUGACCAACUUCUACGGCGAUGCUCGACCUACGCUUGAGGCUGCCAAGAAGAAGUACGAUCCCGAGAACUUGUUCUACUGUCCGACUUGCAUCGGCUCACAAAACUGGUUGCAAGAGCCAGAUGGCCGUUUAUGUACAGUUUAA